UAAACAUGAUAAAUCUAAAAUUAUAUAAUGAUUGAUUACGAUACUACAGAUAAUUCCGUUCUAUACACAAGACAAUCAAGAUGAGUACAGCACAGAAAUUAGUUCUUAUUACAGGUAUGUAUCAUUUUUCCUAAUCACUGUAUUUGUUUACUGUGCAAAAAAUUCUAAUUAUGUAUCAAAGGAGGAAACCAGGGCAUCGGAUUCGAGACGGCCAAAAACCUGCUUCUUAGCAGUCCAGAAUACCAUGUUAUCCUUGGAUGCCGCGACCUCAACAAGGCUGAAGCAGCCAUCAAAGAGCUUCAGGCUAUUCCUGAAAUCAAGGGAAGCGUCUCGGCAACUCAACUCGAUGUAACAGAUGAUCAAUCUGUCGAUGCAGCAGCUACUCGUCUCGCGAGCGACUUUGGCAAACUCGACAUCUUGAUCAACAACGCCGGUAUCAUUUCAACGGAGAGUCCACCAACACGAGAAGCAUUGCGAAAAGUUUUGGAAGUCAACAUAGUAGGCACAUUGAGUGUUACUGAGGCCUUCUUGGGUUUGCUUCGCAAGGCUACCCAUGUGCCACCAAGAAUUAUCUUUGUUAGUUCGAGCAUGGGUUCUAUUCAACAUGCUGCGAAUACGUCAUCGCCCUACCAUAAUCCUCAUGGUAUGGAAUAUCGCACGAGUAAGGCGGCUUUGAAUAUGAUGAUGAUUAUGUAUCAUGCGCGGUUGAAGUCAGACGGGUUUCUUGUGUUUGGUGUAGAUCCAGGACUCUGUGCAACAAACUUCACGGGAAAUGCAGAGUCUUUGAAGGCGAGAGGUGCUGCGUUACCGUCAGAUGGAGGAGAUCGUGUAGCAAGUGCAGCAAAGGGUGAGAGAGAUGAAGAUGUAGGGAAAGUUCUGAGUGGUGAUAGCAUCUUACCAUUUUAGCUAUUGAGUAAAAUGACUCAUGAGUAGUAAAGUCUAUCAUUCUUUAAAUGAACCUCAAUAAAAGAAGUUUAAGACUUCAUUAUCCUGAUUUCUUAGAGUUGAGCAGCA